AUGGAUCUAAUAAAAAACGGAAUGAAAGAAGUUAAGCAAUUUGUGGACAAGCAUAAAGAUAUAUUAAUUACAAAAGCUGAUAAGGGGAAUAUGACUGUAGUAAUGAAUUUGACAGAAUACAAAAGGAAAAUGCACGUUUUAUUAUCUGAUGAUAACAAGUAUAUUAAGGUUAAUAAAGAUCCGACGAAGAUGUUAACUAGACAAACGCAUCAGUUAUUAAGUAGAUGGAAAGAGAGCGAAUUCAUCAAUCUAUCAACUUACAAAAAUCUGAAUGUCACUGAUGGAACGGUGGCAAGAUCAUAUGGUAUGCCGAAGGUUCAUAAAGAAGGGAAUCCGUUAAGAAUUAUAAUAUUUGGCAUGCCAAUGGGCUCCACCUUGUCACCGAUCUUAGCGGACUUAGUAAUCCAAGAUUUGGAAUUGUAUGUAAUGGACCGUUUAGAAUUUAAGGUUCCGUUAUAUUAUCGUUAUGUUGAUGAUAUAUUAGUCGCUCUUCCUGAUGUUCAGAUAAAUAAUGUGUUGGGUUUAUUCAAUUCGCAUCAAGACAGAAUUAUAUUUACGGUUGAAGAAAAUGAUGAUGGUUGUGUGAAUUUUUUAGAUGUGUAUACUGAAGGACAAACAAAUAAGGUUCAAUAA